AGUCGAGGCGGGCAUGAGUGACGCCAUCUCGGUUCUUCCCUUGGCUGUGAGGGGAGCGCGGGCGGCGGCCUCGGUCUGGCGGGUGGUGUGUCCCAGGGCCUCGAGGGUGCAACUCAGCAGAGAGGUGCCACAGAGGAGGCUACCUGGAGCCGUUCUCUGGAGCUUGACUCUGUGGAGCCUCACCCUGCAGGGCUGGUGUUGACCUCUUGCCUUGUUCCUAGGCAGAGCGAAGCCUCAGCAGCCCCCUACCACAGUGGGAAUCAUGGAGAACUAUCAGAAGGCCAAGACUGUGGAGAAGCCGUCUCCUCUUCCUUUUGCCAACUUGUCCUCCGAUAUAAUUGAAAUGAAAGUCAAGGACGGCAGCAAAAUCCGGAACCUGAUGGGCUAUGCCUUUGGCAAGAUGGAGUCAGAGGCGGUUCGGCAGGUCCUCUUCAGUGGGGCUGGCAAAGCCAUCAGCAAGACAAUAACUUGUGUGGAGAUCAUGAAGCGGAGGCUCAAAAGCCUCCACCAGAUCACGAAAGUGUUCUUCAGGCAGACGGAGGAGAUCUGGGAGCCCAUCGUGCCAGAGGCCGGCCUUGACUCUUUGACUGUGAAACGGAAUGUCCCUGCCAUUUGUGUCUUGCUGAGUAAAGACCCACUAGACCCUCAAGAGCCUGGGUACCAGGCCCCUGGAUCUUUCGACACCUUCUGGUUGGAGACGCUGAAGUCAGAGUCCCAGGGCCAGACCAAGAGGAAGCAGGGUGGGGGUAGAGGGGCCAUUCGGGCUGGGAAGCAUCCUCGCUGCGGCAGGCGGGAGGACUCCUUCAAAAAGCCCUGAUCAAGCCAAGCUGCACCUCCAGGACCACGGGAAGCCAGCCAGUUACCAGAUUAGAAGUGAAGGUGUUGGAAACAGUGUCAUAGAAAAGCUGCAUUUGUGGGAGAGGAAGGGAGGGUCUGCUGAAUUCAGAGUCAACUGGCACUGCAAAGACUGAGCAUUAUUUGUCUUGUGUUGUGGCUGUUUCUCCUCGUUUGAACAGGGGGUGCACGGGAAAUGCCUCAGUGGUCUAUGCCUGAUACGUUCAGGACUGGGGUGCUUGAAAUGACCACGAUGAAAAUGAAGUGCAGAAUCUUUCUUGGCAGGAAGGAUAAUGAAAAUGGAGAGAAAUCCGUGCCUGCCCCCAAAGCUUUAGAUGUUUCCCUCUCUGGUAGGAAGGUAGCUAAGAGGAUGUGCGAUCACCUGUCUGUUCUCUUGACAUCACAAGAGUCUAGCACUUCACUGUCUAGCCAAAGUCUAUUAAUAUGGAAAAGCCCAGCAGAUUACCCCCCCCAAGCAUAUACUCAUUAACUCUUUCAUUGUAAUCAGAAAGCAUUGCAGCCUGACGGCUUCUGUACUUUUAAAAUCUCUUGCUUUUAAAAUAAGAUCCUGAGCAUUCAAGAGAAGGGAUCAUCGUUUGAUUCAGCAUAAAAAUGGAAGGUGAUCAUCUCAUAGGCUUAGUUUGACUUGCGUGAUUGUGCCAAGGGACUUCUUGAUGUAUCUAUACGUGAGGAAGAAGCAGCUGUGGAUUACAGGUCCUGAAAUUAUACAUACAUAUAUAUAUGUUUGAAAUUAAUAAAGCCAGAGGCAGUGUAUAUUUUUGUCAGUAA